AUGGUGCCCGCCCCCAUCGAUCCAUCCAUCACCGAGGUAGCGGAGCCGCGGAAGGAUACCCUCGGCCUCCCCGAUGCCGCAAAGGCAAGACUAACAAAAGCUGGCGUGGACCUUUCGAACGGGUACCCGUACCGGCCGUCGAGACCGCUUUACCUGCAAGACGCUAUCAACAUCCGUGGCAAGGAGCGGGAGUACGUCGAUGCUGGGUCUCGAGCAGAUAAAUCCAAGAAGAACCUUUUCGGUGCCGCGACCAAGGUCACCGACUUGACCACCCACAUUGGUACCGAGAUCGAGGGCCUUCAGCUCAAGGACCUGACGCCCGAGCAGAAGGAUGAGCUCGCGCUCCUGAUCGCAGAGCGCAGCGUCGUCUUCUUCAGGGACCAGGAUCUUUCCCCGCAACAGCAAAAGGAGCUGGGUGACUGGUACGGAGAGGUCGAAGUUCAUCCCCAAGUCCCGCAAGUCCCCGGCGUUCUCGGCGCCACAGUCAUCUGGCCCGCCCUGUGGGCCACGGAGCGACCGGCCAACUUCCGCAACCCGGGCGGGGCCUCCCGAUGGCACACCGAUCUCGUCCACGAGCUCCAGCCGGCCGGCAUCACCCACCUGCACAACGACACCGUCCCGCCCAUCGGCGGAGACACCCUCUGGGCGAGCGGUUACGGUGCCUAUGAGAAGCUCUCCCCGGACUUCCGCAAGAUCAUCGACGGCAAGUACGCCAUUUACAAGUCCGCCCACGCGUACCUGGACAAGAACGAACCUGAGGCCGGGCCAAAGCACAUCGAGCGCGCGCACCCGCUGGUCCGCGUUCACCCCGCGACGGGAUGGAAGGCGCUGUGGGUCAACCGUCUUUUCACGGACCGCAUCGUUGGUCUGGAUAAGGCGGAGAGUGAUGUUAUUCUCAACUACCUCUUUGACGUGUUCGAAAAGAACGUGGAUAUCCAGGUGCGGUUCAGGUGGACUCCGAACACGAGUGCGCUAUGGGACAACAGAAUCACCAUUCACAACGCAAGCUGGGACUACGAGGGCAACUAUCCUCGCCAUGGAACUCGUGUGACCUCCCUCGCGGAGAAGCCGUACUACGAUGCCAAUGCCCCGACUCGGAGACAGGCUUUGGGGGUCUUGGGUGAUGAUGAGAAGCAGGCUCUGGGCAUUGACGGCGCUACGAAGGGGCUGAAGGACUUCUCUCUGUGA